CUCCAACAAGGAGCAAGGGCCCAAACCACAGAGGGCUUUAUAGGUCAGGACCGACACUUGCCUUUCACCAGGAAAGCCAAGUGGUCGUGGGGAGGCAGGAAUUCCUGGUGAAAGAACUUGCUUUGUGAAACUGACCGUGGAAACUGGCUUCUCUGCUACAGAAUUUCUAAGGCCUCGAAUCUCAGACUUGUAGAUUAAGAUCCAAUUGGGGAAGAGAACCACAUGUAAUUGACAACUGUUUCUGUCAUUUGUGAAUGUGGAACAAACUUGCUGUCCUGGAGCAGCUGAUGUCCUUCUCCAGGAGCUCUUCCUGAUAAUGGGGGAGGAGCAUCUCCUGACCCCUGCUGUGCUGGACACCUUUUUCGUACCACAGCUGCGCAAGCUGCAGUUGAGCAUCUGCUCAACGCUGGUCAAUGAGACUGUUGUUCAGGCCAUUGCAGUACGCUGCAAGAACCUGUCUUUGUUAGAUCUCCAGAAAUGCCAUCAGAUGCCUGCCAAUGCUCUGGUCGACCUCAUGAAAGCUUUGCCGUGUCUUAAAGAACUGAACCUCUCGGAGACUCAAUGCAACACAGAGGUAUUGUCAGCUGUGGGCUCCUGCUGCCGACACCUCCGUCAGUUGGACAUCACUGCCUGCAAGAGACUGGCGCCCGAUGCUCUCUUCUACCUUGCUUACGAUCCCAUGACAGGCUCCUUCUGUUGCCCCAAAUUAGAAGGGCUCAAGCUAUGGAAGAUGGAAGCCAGGACCCCUGGUGACCUGAUUGGGGCCCUGGCUUUCCUGCUUCUGGCCCUGCCUGCCUUGAGAUUGUUGGCCAACGGUCUCCUUGCAGAGGCCGUGCGUCUGAUCCACAGCGGACAGUUUAACAGCGUCCCGGUGCCUUCUGGGUUUCCCUCCCUGCAAGAACUGGUGCGGUCCAGAAAAUCCACCCACAUGAACGAAGGGAAUACCAGACUUACUUGGGCCCUCACAGAAAUGUACGAUUUCAACGAGUCCUCCUUGCCGGUAAUUAGUACGGCGUGCCCCUAUUUACAAGACGUGACUGUGUUUCUAGAAGACCCGUCCAGAUUUGCCCGGCACUUCCUGUCCUGCCGCCAUCUCGCCCACUUGACUCUCAUCUGUACAGAACGCAGAGACCUGCGGGACCUUUUGCCACUGACGGCAAGCCUUGGAGCCCAGCUUGAAACCCUCUCCAUUCAGGGCUUCUUCUUUGAGGAAGAGUUAUCUUUCCAGACUCUGCUGAGCCACUGCAGGAACCUCAUGUUAUUCAGCGCUUCGUUCCUCCCCUUCAGGAGGCGUUCUCGUGGCAGGCAACCCAACAUGGAGGCCAUAGGCUGGGAUCUCAGAGUUACUCCUUACGAACUGCCUCAGCUUUAUGGCUUUUACUUGCUGCCUUCGGACAUCGAUACCCCUAUGACUGCCCAGCAAGCAGAGAUCCUGAGGUCCAUCCUUGUUUCCCUGCUCAAACAUUCCCCGUGCUUGGAAGACGUGACUUUGGUCAGCGUGCCUUUCUCCCUGGAUGCAGUCUUUGAAAAAGUGCUGGAACUGCCUGGCACGGCCCUACUAAACCUCCACGAGCUCUCACUGAUCGACAACGAAGUGUCCCCUUCCACAAUCCACUUGCUGUUGUCCGCAGACAAUCAGCUGGCCCGCCUCAAGUUGAGCGGCUGUCCGAACAUCCACGCGUCCGACUACGAUGCACUCCUUCAGAGAGUGAGCAGGGAGCACUUUGAAUUGAACAUCGUGUGGGACUGAAAUACAAAAGAGGCUCCAUCCGUUGUGCUGCGGCCAAAGCUGUUUGUGUAUGUUUCAAUAAAGCUUCAUUCACA